AUGCAAAUGAAGCACUUAAAAAAAACCAUCUUGGUUCUCCUGUGUCUCGACAUACGACAGUCGCAGGUGAAGGCUGCGAGUCAGCUCGAAGAUGUUAAAAUCAACGAGGAAAUUCUUUUCUUAGGAAACUUUGACGCGGUUUCCUUAUACGACAGUACAGAUAAGUACAACCUAUCGACCAUCAAUCAGAAUAACUCGCUAAGUGUCUACGAACUGUCUGACUCAAAUGGUACAGUUAGCGUUCUCCAUGGAGAAGACUUGCCGGGAAUUCCUACCCUCUGGCGAAGUAUAGAUGAUACGUCCUCGAUUAUGGUCAUAGACGGGCAACCGCACAUCUACAACCUGGAAAAUUCUAGCCUGCUACAAUUGAAGGGAUGGGACGAUGUUGAUGGUGAUGUCAAAGCAGUCUACUACGAUUACGAUGAGCAAAUCAUCUACUUUGGAGGCUCUCUCUCGUUCAACAAUACGUACGGAGCGCUACAAUACGACUACGAAUCCGAGCAGUUGCUGUCCUUGCCAUUCGGCGGUUUUGACAAAAACAGCACUGUCAACUCUAUAAUAAGCUAUGACCAUACAGACAGCAUCAUUUUCGGUGGAAAAUUUUCCUCAAUAGGUUUCUCCGACCUGCUCAACGUUACGCACAACGUUACCGAACACAAUUACACUAUAAUACGAAACUCAUCAGGUAUAAUAGACAUUUCUCAAAAAAUUCCGAUAAGGGCACAAGAUGUAUCAGCUACAGCUGGGGAGAAUUACAAUGGUAUCAUAUGCCCCUCUAUGGGAGGAAACGGUUGGCAGUUGCCGGACUAUCAAACGGGAUCCUGGUCGGCAGUCCUUCAAAGUCAAAUAAGCCCUUCCAAGAUUCGUUUGUACAAUUCUAACUCAGACACUAAUGGUGUGAAGACUUUUCGAGUCGUAACUUAUCCUGCGAACGGGAUUAUGAAUAUGACCUAUGUCGACCCCACCGAUCUAAAAGUCAAAUACUGCGAUGCUUUUUGCCCCCUAUCUCUGCAAUCCUCUCUAAAAUCUUCUCUCUCGAAUGCAAACGUGACUGGUGACGAAUACUACACUUUCACAAACAACAACCAAACAGUUUUAAAACUGACAGAUACUUCUCAGGACUUUGCGUUCGCUAAUUCCAUAGAUGUAACUUCUUUCACGGUUGAAAUUGUCGAGUAUUAUGGCUCUUACGCCGAGUUAAUGGGUAUUGAACUAUACAGUUUGGGUAUCACAGCUUACGCUAACAACACUUUGAAUCAAGAAGAUUCUUGCUCUGUUACCACCGAUUAUGACAUUAAUGUGAACUCAGAGCCACUAGGGAACUUGCAAUGGAAUCAGAGCCCAGUAUCAAAUUACCUUUAUGCCAAUGUUCUGUCUUCCAAUAUAUCCAGUGAGCAAGGUAUCCGGUAUAACAUCUACUUACCUGUUUCCGGGAAAUACUCGGUGCUUAUGUACACCACCGGGUGUUUGGAAGAUAACUCAUGUGCAAAUAGAGGAAUAGUUAAUGCUACGCUAUAUGAUGGGCUCGGAAUGCCUCUUUCUAGUCACAUCAUAUAUCAAACCAACCAGUACGAAAAAUAUGAUGUUCUAUACACCGGAGUGCUAACAUUAGAAGCUGCUAAUCUACCCGUAUAUAUUGAUAUGGUUUUCUAUUCUGCUGUGGGUACUAGUGAGACGACAUAUUUUGUUGCCGACUCGGUUCAAUUUGAUUACAUUCAACUUGAAUUGAAGGACAUCACAGGAAAUAUCAGCAGAGAAUAUCAAGCUCAAAAAUCAGAUCUCAUUAACAUCAAUGGUUUACUAGAAUAUGUGCCAAGCAACUUUUCAGAUGAUAUCGAGUAUCCCAUAGGAAAUUCAAGUGUAAACUUAAUCGGCAAUAUGGUAAGCUCAAAUGCCACCAUCAAUGCACUUAUCAUAAAUGAGACCUCGCUGCUUAUUGCUGGUGACUUUGAGUCUGUAUAUGGUGGUGGUAUAUUGGGUUCAAGAAUCAAUGAAUCAAGCAACUAUACAGAUCAAAUUGAAUUGUCUGGCUUUUUCUCUAUUGAGGGCGGCACAGAUGGCAAAGUCACCAGUUUAUAUGGGCCCACUGAAGAGUUUGUGAUGAUAGGAGACUUCGAUAAUUUCAAGAAUCUCUCGAAAACCAGCUCAUUAUCCCUUCAGGGCUCGGUUGUCUAUGACAGCUACAAUAAUAGCGUACGUACACUGAAUAUUACCAACUCGGACAAAGUGAACCAGCUUUCAGGAUUUGUAUUUAAUGACACAGAAUACUUGAUUCUCAAUUAUAAUGAUUCGAGCUUAGCACCUAGCAUAUAUGAUUUUACUUCCAAUGAAGCAUUUGAAAACACUUCGACCUUGAUGAUGAAUAUAUUCUCAUCGUUAGAUUCAGCUAAUGCAGAUUGGCAAUUUGGCAACGAUUCAGACAAAUCGUAUGUCUUAGGUUCAAUUGUCAUGUUUGACAUGGCAUCUAAUAAUAUUGCACAAAUCAAAAAUUCGGAAUUGAGUCCAGUGAAUACUUCAAGAGAUAGUGAAUUUGUAUCUGGAGUUUAUGUUGGUGAUGGAGAAACAGUAAUUGGUGGAUCAAACUUGUACAGGUUGUCCAAUGGCUCAAGUUCUAUAUUGACCGAGAACCUUCAUCUCGAUGAUGACGCUGCAAUUACAUCACUGUUAUGGUACAAAUCAAACUUAUUAUUUGCUUUCAACAGUACAAGUAUGUUUCAUGCACAAACAAUCAAUGGGCUGGCAAUCUAUGAUAUGGAAAACGAUACUAUAAAGACAUUGAAUGAAUCAUUUACUGGGCAUAUUUCUGAUAUGACAGUUGAUCCUGAGUUUGGUAAUAUCAUAGGUGUGGGUGACUUUUCGGUUGGAAACUGCAACGCAGUUUGCACCUUUGGUAAUAACUCAAACUCUUUGACUAUCAACCGUACCGUUUCAAAUCUUUCUGGUUCAAUUUCAUCAGCGAACUAUUAUAGCUCAUACAAAGUAUUAUUAGGUGGUAAUUUCACAGCCGAAGAAAAGCAAGCAUAUAUGGGUUACUACGAUACUUCAAAUAAUACUGUGCUGACCCUCGACCACUUUUCUUCUCAGCUUCCUGACCCUGUUCAAAAAUUCAUUUUUGGUGAUGAAAGGAAAACUAACAAAACGUUGAACGACGUUAUAGUCGUGAUGGGUGCUGACUACAUCGGCUUUUUCAAUGACUCUAAAUGGACAUCCCUUUCAGGGGGUUUAGACUUGAUGAACGCAGAAUUUACUGAUAUUGCAUUGCUCGAUGGGUCCAGUAGUGAUACAACUUUCUACAAUACACAAAUUCUACUUUUAAGUGGUAGGUUCAAUGUUACCAAUUAUGGAUUGGUUUCUAGUGCUAUAUGGAAUGGGCAAAUGUGGUUACCGUACACCAUAUUUGCCAAUGAUCUAGACGUGAAUAAGGCAAUCGCCAAAUCUGUUGUCAAGAUGACAACGAUGUUUAUUUACGAUGGGCCGUUCACGUCAACCUCUUCGUCAAGCACCAGUUCCUCGACUCAUUCUCCUUCAAUGACUGCACAUCCGCCGCUGCGGAAGAACACUUCAGAAUUCACCAAUGGGCAAGUAACAGGUGUGGGAUGUGCUUUAGCUGUAGGUACCCUGAUGCUUUUAUCUGGAGCUGGUAUGCUAUACCUUAUGCUGACCUCAAACGGUGAAGAGAAACUUGAGGGUCUAAAACUAACCGGUGAAGAUUAG